GGGGGGAGAGGAGCCCUGGGUCUUUGGGGUCACUCUGGCUGGGUGGAGAGCUGGGAGGCAGGGUGGAGCGAGAGAGCAGUUAGAGGCGCAGUGACGUGGAGGUGCUGGUCAGACAUCGGGGCAGGGACACAUCCGACCCCAGGGUGAAGGUCACCAGGUUUCACGUUCUCGGCUGUGUGGGGCUGAGCUCCAGGGCAGGCCAGGUCGCGGGUGGAGAUCUGAGGGUCGCUGCGGAGGGCAUCUAAUGAGGGGGCCAGCACCUGAGGCACCCGUCUCUGCAAGGCGAGCCGGUGACUGGGACCCAAAGGGGGGACAGCAGGAAGCAGCACGUGCCAGGCUGAGCGUAGCCUGGAAGAAGUCCAUGCCCUGAUGCCCGGAACCCGUCUGUGGGGUGCCUCACGUGGCCCCAGGGCUGAGCAGACGGAAACAUCCUUCAACCUCAUAUCAGAAAAGUGUGACAUUCUGUCCAUUCUCCGGGACCAUCCUGAGAACAGGAUUUACCAGAGGAAGAUCCAGGAACUCAGCAAAAGAUUCACUGCAAUCCGCAAGACCAAGGGGGAUGGGAACUGCUUCUACCGGGCCUUGGGCUAUUCCUACCUGGAAUCUCUGCUAGGGAAGAGCAGAGAGAUCCUCAAGUUCAAAGAGCGUGUACUGCAGACCCCAAACGACCUUCUGGCUGCUGGCUUUGAGGAGCACAAGUUCCGAAACUUCUUUAAUGCUUUCUACAGCGUGGUGGAGCUGGUGGAGAAGGACGGCUCGGUGUCCAGCCUGCUGAAGGUGUUCAACGACCAGAGCUGCUCGGACCGGAUCGUGCAGUUCUUGCGCCUGCUCACCUCGGCCUUCAUCAGGAACCGCGCAGAUUUCUUCCGACACUUCAUCGACGAAGAGAUGGACAUCAAAGACUUCUGCACUCACGAAGUGGAGCCCAUGGCCAUGGAGUGUGACCACAUCCAGAUCACGGCCCUGUCUCAGGCGCUGAACAUCGCCCUGCAGGUGGAGUAUGUGGACGAGAUGGACACGGCCCUGAACCACCACGUGUUCCCUGAGGCGGCCAUCCCUUCCGUUUACCUGCUCUAUAAAACAUCCCACUACAACAUCCUCUAUGCAGCCGAUAAACGUUGAUUAAUUUUAGGCCAUGCAGUGGAGCCUGUCACCUAAUGGGACUGCAUUCUGAAUGGAACAUUUUGACUUUUCAAUUUUUUAAGCGAUUAAGACUGUAGUUAGAAAACGUACAGCUUUUUGGACAAAGUCACUGGGAAUGAGGUCAGCCCACUAUGGACUGUGGUAACUUGGGUGAUACGUGUAGUAUUUAUUUUCAUGGAGGAUCGUAAUUUCUAGCUCUGGGCUAGGCCGCCAGGACCUCUGGCUCUGCUCCCAGUUCUCCGAGGCCUUGGGCAGGCCACCUCCGCUCUCUGACCUGUUCGUCUGGAGGAGGUUCCUGUCGGUGUUAACAUUCUAUGUAAAAAUGGGUUUUCUGGGUUCCUUUCACCAGAGGCACUGCCUCUCUGCAGGGGAGGAAAGGAUGGACGUCACUGUCUUGAGUGACUUACCAGCUGUAUAAAAAGCAAGUCCAACGAGCUAUUGGACAGGCUUCGGUGGAUGGCUGGUAAGUUGAGGCAGACUUGAAAAUGAGGGUUCAGUGUGGUUCCAAACACUCACAACGGCAGUGAUUUCUUACCCCUAACUCAGGAGGAAAAACAUCUUUAUGACAAAGUCUCAAAAAGGCCUUCAGUCUUCAGCAUGAAGCUUAAGCUGUGGGGUCCCCUCUACCUCUCUCAGGGCCAGGCCUACCUGCCUUUGAGGUGCUGCUGUCAGCCACAUCUGGACAGAGGGCUUGAAAAAGACUAGGUUCUGGGCCCGAAUCUGUGUGUGUGUGUCCGGGACCAGGAAGCCGCAGCUGUGCCACCAUCCCCACCAAAUCCUGGCAGGAGAGUCGAGAUCCUCGGCUGGGGAGGAAACCAACAUAGACAGCUGGAGACCACGUGAGCAGAGUGGCGGCUCUGCAAGGCUGUCUUUGGCUCCUUCCCCCUUCUAACUAGCUGAUGGGCUGAUGAGAGGUCAGGUGGGGAAAGACGGGGACAAGCUAAGGAAACUGGCAGUUGGGGAGAGUUCUGUUGUAGAAAACUGCCCGCUAGCCAGAAGUCCUAGCCAGCAGCCUCCUCAUUCAUCCUCCUGGAUGUGCUUCUUGAUAAUGACCUCUUCACGAAUUAACCUCCGUGCUGCCCGGGCCCUCCCGGAGCCUCGGCUGGAGCAAGCUCUCUUCCUCUUCAGGAAGCAAUGAAGAAAGCAAGAGUGGACUCGUCCGUUGAGGUACUUCUGCAGGCUUCAUUCUGCAGGCGCUAUGAGCCGACAGCCAGACCGCGCAUGAAGACUGGGUGGCUGACUCUGCAUCGCUGUCCGCUCUCACGAAGGCGGAUGUCAGCGUGCUUGCACUCCAGCCAGGGGCCCUUUCUCAUUCUGCCCUUGGCUGGAAUUUGGACCCAAGGGGUCAAGCCAAGUAAUUAGGUAUUUUUUGCACAGGAAGGUAAACUUGACGCUGAUCUCUGAAUCAGUGUCUGAUCAUUGUCCCACCCAGCUCUGGGUAGGAGUGCUGGGGUCUGUGAAAAGCACACCAGAAGAGCGGGAGGAACAUGUGACCUGAGAGUAUCAGUACCAUUCUCCCAACUCUAGGGCCUGAGCACUACGCCAGGCUGAAAGCCCCUGGCACUCUGAGGGGUUACAUGGGUCCUGGGCCCUUGAGAGCUGAAGGCCUCAAGCACAGCACUGCUGCCACUUCUCUGCAAGUGUGGCUUGUGUGGCACUCAUAAACGAGUUUUCUUUCUGGCAGGUCUGCUGGAGGGAAAUCCCUCCCUGGAGACUUGCCUAUACUAUGCCAGUGCUCGCAGGGUCCUUCCCUACCCUUUUGUUAUCAGCAGGCCCAAGAGAAGUAAGCCAAGUAAUUUUCAUGGUCUUACCCUUUGCUUUCCUCUUUUCACAAAAUUACUGCCCUCUUCCCUUCACCUCUGCCCUCAGAUCUUGCCUGUGAGGGAAAGCACCAUGGGGGAAAGGAGGGCAGAAGUUAGUGAAGCUUUACAUCAUCCAUGAAGUUACCCCGCGAGCUCACAGCAGCCAACCUUGCUGGGGAUCACACCUGCUGCAUAAUUCUGCCCCCCACCCCAAGAAGCCAUCUGAUGUUUUCCAGACCAGCAGUGAGAAGGAAAGUGGUUCUUGGUUUUUACUGCCACGUAUUUAUUCCUUUCUUUCUAAAGGAAACUUUAUAAUCAACGGGAAUAUUUAACAACAAAAAGCGCGAACUGUCCUUGCUUCUGACCAGGUUCCCACUCUAAGCAGAAAAGGACUCUCGAGCCAGACUGUCCAGGUUGAAACCUCAACCUCGUCACUUACUGGCCACGUCACCUCGGGCAAGUGAUUUCACCUGGACCCAAGUCCCGUGUUUGUAAAAUAAAAGCGGAACCCACACACGACAGUAUUACUGGCUAAAGCAGAAUGAGACUGUGUGAAAAGAAACGUAAGACCCGACACACAACUAAGAGUGCCACAGGUGGGAUGUUCCCAAUGGGCACGACACUGCAAGCGGGGAACACGCCAUCUUGGCGGUGCUGUGGUGUCCCAAUCAGGAAAUCUGGGCACCGUCAGACAGAUCUAGGAACCACACACGUUCCCACAGAGAGCAGAAAUGGGGGCGGGGGCUGUGACCCAGUAAGCGGCUGCCUUGGGAUCUGAGACCCUGUGGCAAACGGGCCAGGUCCUUCAGCUUCCCUGGGCUGCUGGAAAAGCUUCCUAAGCAUUAAAUUGGUUUCCAUGACAACUUCUGUCUUGCUGCUUUGGCACCUGGCGGUGAGGCUACCACCACCCUCCCCUGAGGCUUGUGUGUGAAUGAGCGCCCCGGGUUGUGGGGAAGGAGCCUUCUUAUAAGGCAUGGUCCCCCGAUUAGUGGAAGACCCAGACACAGGAUAGUCUGUCCUUGGGCUGGAGGCACCAGAGGCACCACCAGUUUCACCAAGGCUUUGCCCCAUCAAGUCAGAGCAGAACUGCCUGUGUGACUGGCCUCAUCUUUUAAAGCCUAUCCCCAGUUAUCAAAAGAUUUGCUGUCAGAGAACAAGGGCAGACGGCUAAGGCCAGAUCCCACGCGGUGCUAGGCCAGCAUAGUGUUACUGACUUCCCCCAACUAACUCCACCAUGUUAGGGAAGCCUAUUCUCGUAGAACCUGAGGAUAGCAAUCGCUUCCCUGCCCAAUUCCCAAGAGACUCAGACAAGCUAACAGCUGUGAGCACUAGAAAAUGAACAGGUUCUGCAGUAGGAAUAAGCAGGAACUCAUGCUGAGGACCCAAAAUGUUACAUGAUGACUGGUGAACCUCCCCAGCUUUUUGCUCCACCCGUGCUGUCCAGCAGGGGGAGAUGUCCCCACAUGCAUCCUGCAGCCAGGGGACUAUGAUACUGUCCUGCCUUAUCUAGAGGGCCCACUGCUGGCCCAGGGAAACCACUCAGUGAGUUAAUGUUGAAAUAAAUUAUACCACCACCCUCAUAUUCUGGCUAAAAACGCAGGAUGACAGCUGGUUCUGACAACUAGUUUUAAUUUAGGAAACCAAGUUGAAGGUACAGGAAGCCUAUAAACACUGGAAUACAGAAAUACUUACGCUCCUCAAAGAAUUCUUACUCCAAAACAACACAGAACUGCACAAGAUCUCCCCCUAUGGGUAGUGGAAGAGGAGAUUGGGGCUGACAGUGGAGUGAGAACAAGAGGGGAGGGAGGGAAGGAGGCUUUCCACGUAACCAGGAAACAGACACUGUGUGGUCACCAACAGACUCUGACCUGGGGGCAGUUAAUCUGCACUUGUACUUGACUGUGACUGCUGCUGUUUCGGCUUCUUCUUCUUCUUCUUCUUCUGUUUGGAAAGGCAGCUCAAAGCAGACUCACUUCUUGGGGCAGACAUGAGCACAGGCAGUUUGCCAGACUGAGUUGGAUACUUGGUUUUUAGGUCAUCUUUAAAGAGUGGUUGGGAGAGUAAAUGGCGCAGCUCCUUCUUAAGGAGCUUCAUUUGCUUUUGUCUCCGUCGCUCUUCGUGCUGCUCAGCUUUUCCUCCUUGAAACACAAUACACAACUGAUCAGGUUACUAUGUGAUUUCUAAGACAUACCUUUGUUUCUUGUGACAGAUGAUAUUUAUGAUGAAAAAUGUCUUGGAACUCUGAGAGGCAGGAAUCAAAAAUUCUCUGCAGAAGCCAGCGUAUCAGGCUUAAACAGUCUAAGAGGGACUGUUUAGGAAUCUUUGGACCACUCUGUCCUUCAUUCACAAAACCCCAUGAGGACGGGAAUCAUCUUCAUUUCAGACAAGGAAACUUAGGCGUGGAGAGGUCACUGGUAGGAGCUCACAGAGCUAAAUGUCAAACCCAGUCUUUUGAUUUAAAGAUCAGUUUUCUUCCUCCAAUGUACCCACUUUCUGACUGGGGUUUAGAGACUGAACAGCUGCAGACUCCUGGGAGAAGUACCAUUUAUGCAGCCCAGGACUCCAGCACCUCAACCUCAGCACUCAGACUGCACCCGCGGAGGUGGGAGAUGGGCACACCCAAAAGGUCCAUGCUCGUCAUGAUCUAGGGAAUGGAAGCCAUGGCCUCUCGAAUACAGCACAAGCCUGGCUCCCAGAAGGACCAGCUCCCCAUUAUUAAGCCCACAGGUUUGGCUCCUGGCUUCUCUGUGAGCAGAUGGUAAUAAAUCUCUGCAUUUGGUAGCCUUGUCACCAACUUGCCAACACCUCCACUGAGCUGCCCACUUGUAGGAUGGAAAGAGCACAGGGCCUAACUCUGGUGUGUCAGUUCUAGAUGCAGUUCUACCACUUCCGAGAUGUGGGCGCUUUCCUACAGCAGGUUCACCCCUGAGUCCUUAGCCUCAGAGUAGGAGCUCAGGCAACCCCGGUGAUAGAGCUGUCUCCCAACAAAAUCACUUCUCAGAGUCUUCAGUUCCCAUGUGAAAAGGGGUAAUUCCUGCUCUGUCACAAGGCCACAGGGAAGAUCAAAUGAGAUGACUGAAGUGCUUUGCCAGCUUGGAAGACAUUGAGUAGUAACAAUAAUAAAUAGUAACUUCAAAGAUACCAAAUGCUUUCUAUUGACCAGGCAUUGUUUCAAGUACUUUAUAUGCUUUAACUCAAGCUGUCUUCAUAAGAACCUCAUAAAGUAGGUACUUUGACUUACAUUUUACAAAUGAGGACAAUCUAGGUACAAAGGUUAAGAACUUUGACCUGAUCCUCAUAACCAGUUAAGGGACUGGGCCAGCACUUAAACACAGGCCGUCUGUCUGCCACGACCAUUCUGACAUUAUAAUACCUCGCUACCUCUUUGUAAGAGGGAGGCAGCUGAGGGUUCCAGAAAAGACAGAGGAAACCAAGAUGGAGGGUCCUCGGCUCAGCUGGAAUAAAGGCCUAUUACAAAGGAGGAAAAGGCUCUUGUUGAUUUUGAAAGAACCCACUGUGACAGAGAGUCCCAAAGAAAAGGCGACUGCAUCCUUCCCCAAGUCCCAGCCAGUCCACUCACCCUUGUACAUGUCUUCCUCCAGCUCAAUCUCCAGGGCGGCUGCUGCCUGCUCAAUCCAAGAGUUGUGAAGACAAGCCUGGAAGUUCCGAUACUCGGCUUUCUCAAUCUGUCUCGCUAAACGGAUUCGCUCCUAGGGAAAGGAAGAGAAAGUGUUCAUCUGACAGAGGGUUCAGUCUCUGAGAAAGUCUUUUUUUGUGUUUUUAAGAAGGCUCUUGAGAUCAGUGCUCAGUGAGAUGCAACUCAGCUCCCAUCGAAGUGCAUUUCUGCUUCCCGAUAAAAAGCAGUCAUCGCUCGGGUGUACACAAUUACAAGAACCAGCUUUGCAAACAAUGAAGCCAAACAGCCCCACCCCUUGGAAGCCCACCAGGCUCUACCCAACUACAGGUGUCCAAAAGGAACCCCAUCCCCCAGAAGGCUUCCACGACCGAGACACUGAAUCACUUCAACAGCCCUGAGUUAGGGCCCAGCUCUCAACCACAGAAACAAAUAAUUCAGAGGCCUUUGCCUAAAAAAUUUAAUUAUUCUUAUCAUAGGUGUGGGGGUGGGAAUGCAGUGACAGGAUACACUGACAAAAUGGGAGAUCUUCUGAUGGAUGGGGGACAAGAUCCACAGGAAGUUAGGGUGGCUCCUAAUCCUCCUUACUAAGGAAAAUUCUCUGUAACCCCCUAUUUUCAUCCUCAUCUCCCACCGUAUUUCCCCACGAGGCUAAUGGUCCUUUUGAGUCCCAGAAGUCAAUAAUCUUUGAGUUGUUCUGUUUUUGUUCCCUCAAUUCCUGGAAUUCCAUCUCCUCUUCACAUCUCUACCCGACAGGCUCAGAGGAAACCUUAUCUCCUACCAACAUUAACUAUAUGCCCACUUAUCCCAUUUGUACCUUAACUUUAGUGUGGGCUUGGCCUGCCUUGUGAGGCUGUGAACCUUCGAGAAUCCACUCUGCUUUGGUACCAAAUACAGUGGGGCCCACAAUAAGCAGCACUCGGUGAAUGCCUACUGGAUUAAAUUAAAAGCCCAAUUUUAUUACUGGUGUCGGGCAG